AUGUCGAAAGAAACAGCGUCUAUGAGAGAAAUACAACACAACCGACAACUCAUUAUGCAAGCUCUAAAUAAGAACACAACAAACUUUUCAAACUAUUCUAAGAUAUCUGAGUCAUUGAAAGAAGGAAACUUAAAACUGACGAUAAACCCAAUGACAGACGAGUUUCUGUUUCAAGACAAUAAGAACCAUACUGUCUGUGUAAAUCCAACAAAAGGAACUUUAAACGAGAAACCUAUAAAAGAACUUCUUUUGAAAGCAGAUGUUGACAACAAAGCUGACAAAGAGUAUGUCAUUGAAAAAGUUCAAGAAGAACAUGACAGAGCAGAUGCAACAUAUGCAACAAAAGAGGAUGUUGAAAAGAAAGCAGAUAAAACAUAUGUUAACGAUGAGUUAGCAUGUGUGGCUAGUGCAUUAGAUAAGAAGGCAGAUAAGGAAUAUGUGGAUGAAAAAGACAAUGAAAUUAAAGAAAGGGUUGAAUGGUACCAUGAACGGACUUCAAAGAUUUUA